GUAUUUAUCUGUUUUUCACGUGGCGGUUUCUUUUAAUUACAAUUAUUAAAAAAUCGGAAGUCUCUCACGCACAGCGUCGCCAGCGACAAGACUUGCAGAAAAGCAAAUCAGCGACACCUCUCUCUCUCUCACUCCUCUUCCUCCUCCUCUUAUCUAAUCCGUACGCUCGAUUGGUACCUCCAUUUCCCCCGCCGAUGCAGCACGCGCCGCCGUCACCAAUCGCUUUCUCUUCUCUCCAUACGAUCUGGAUCAGAGGUUGAUUCUCCCUCUGUUUUUGUCUUUUUCUUUUCUUUUUGUGUUCAAGACACCGACGGGAACAACAUGGUGCUGCUUCAAUCACUUGCCGCCAACACUGCUUGUGUUCCCCUGGACCUUGUCAUUCUCGAUGCAGCUAUGGCUUCCUUCAACGGCGUUCUAGCUUUCUUAGCCUUUUCGCAGCUCAUCAGAAUUCACAUGCGGGGUCAACAGGAUGGAUGGACGCGUCAAAAAGCAGUUCAUCUGAUGAUAGGCUCUUCUAACUUGGGCUAUAUGAUUUAUUUCAUAUUUGCACUUGUUGCUACUUUUGAACUCUGGAAUUGCGGGUCUCAUGUUUUUGGAUUUGUCCUCAUGGCUUUCCCUAAAAUACUGUUUCUAGCAGCUUUUCUCCUACUUCUUUCUUUCUGGGUCGACCUUUGCCAUCAGGCAAACGAUGAAGAGGAUGACGACGACGAUGAAGAAAAUAGCACUCAACAGGCCUUGUUGGAAAAUUCAAAGAACAAACCUGGUUCAUCAAAUGUAGAUGGCCAUCGAAGAUGUUGCGGAUUUCCUGCUACUCAUCUUGGAAGUAGGCAAAAAAUUGUAAUUGUGGUUGUCAUACUGGUAUUUAUCCUCAUGGUGGCAGUUUCUGUUCUGAUCUGGAUUGGGGCAGGACAAAAUCCUAUUGAUUCUACAGCUGUUGCCAGGGUGUAUGAAGACUUUCUUGCUGUUACAGUCCUCCUAUCAGGAGGUGCCCUAGGUUUCUAUGGUUUCAUGUUAUUUUAUAGAUUGAUAAAAGUACGUUCUGAGGAAGCCUCUUCCGAGAUGAAGAAGGUUGGUGGGCUAGCAGUUGUCUGUGUUGUGUGUUUUACAUCAAGUGCUCUGGUAGAUCUUCUUACAGAUAUUCCUCUUUCCUAUAAUUGGCGCUUCAUGAGAACAAAUGGAGUAAAUGCCCUAGUCCUUUUGAUUUUGUACUUCUGCAUGGGUUCUUUGAUUCCAUCAGCCUUUUUAUUGUGGAUUAUGAGAGAGCUGCCACCUCCUAAAAAAAUUCAGAGACAAGAAGAAUCGAGGGCAAUAGCUUUUAUAAGCCAUGGGGCAGCUGAUGCAAAUCCUCAGCGUUGGGCUGAUGUAACUCGUUCAAAGAAUCAGGUUACCAGAGCAAGCCCCAUAUAAUGAGACAUUUAAGGACAUACCACUGAUUAAGGCUGCUUAUCUUAUGUUACAUGAAAGAAAUUAUGACCAGAGAUACAGAACCUAACAUUUGGGACGAGUGUUAAGAGUUUGACCAUGCUGCGAGCGACGCCUGUAUAUUUCAACAAAAAGUUGAUGACUGACAUCAAAUGUGAGAGUAAUCAAAACUGCAGCUGGAUACACAGAAGCUUUUAUAUGUUUUUCCUUUCCCCUCUUCUUUUCCCUUUUCCUUUGCACAUAGUAGCCAAGGAUUGCACAUUUUCUAUGAGGGAAAAAUGUUGUACAAUUUUUGCUUCCCUAGAAGCUUGAAAGUUUUGCAGAUUAUGUUGUAAAAUUACCCUUCUGCACCGCAACCUUGUUCUGAUGGGUACUCAUAUUAUGAUGGUUGAGUAUGUUAAAGCCUAGGGUAUAUACCAGUAACCAGCAAUUUCUAACGAGUGGAGCAAUUUAUUUUACACUUA